AUGGCCACACCCGUGCCGUCAACAAGUUUGGAUAAAUCAACAGAAAAUAUUUUAAUUUCGUCUCUUCUCUCGUUGUCCACGGCUUUGGGUGCAAACCUGCCAGGAAAGUCGACAAGAGACACAUUGUGCGAAGUUCCGGAAACUGGUGUUGUGCGGGAGUAUUGGUUCAAUGUUGAAAACACUACCGCCGCGCCAGAUGAUGUUGAGAUGCCUGUCCAACUGAUCAAUGGCUCCUUCCCUGGACCUACGAUUAUUGCUGAUUGGGGCGAUACUGUUGUCGUUCACUUCACCAAUUCAUUGCAAAACAAUGGCACUGGUCUUCACUUCCACAGAAUUCGCCAGAACUGGACGGAUGGAAUGGAUGGUGUUCCAAGUAUCACACAAUGCCCUAUUGCUUCGGGCGACUCCUUGACCUACCGCUGGCGUGCUGUCGGAUACGGUACUGGUUGGUACCAUUCACAUCUCUACGUCCAAGCAUGGGACGGAGUAUUUGGCGGUAUCUUGAUCAAUGGCCCUGCUACUGCAAACUACGAUGUGGAUCUUGGACAUCAAACGACGGACCAAUUGGUCACUCAAGCGUCUACUGGUGGACCACUAACCGCACCCAAUGGUCUGAUCAACGGGACCAAUACCUACGAUACAAACGGAUCACGGUUCGAGACUACAUUUGAACCAACAGUUCGAUACUGGCUACGGAUUGUCAAUGCUGCAGCAGACAAUCACCUCCGCUUCAUGAUUGACAGUCACCACCUUGAGGUCAUCGCGGCUGAUUUUGUUCCAAUUCACCCCUACAACACCACUCAACUCAGCAUAGGCAUGGGGCAGCGGUACGAUGUAAUCGUAACAGCCAAGAACCUUACGAGUGGUAAUUUCUGGCUACGUGCCAUUCCCCAAGAAGCCUGCUCUGAGACCGAUGCUGUUGAUAAUGUGAAGGGAAUCAUCCGGUAUGAUAGUAAUUCCACGACUGAUCCGCCUACUUUCGCCUAUGGUUACACAGAUUCAUGUGCAGAUGAAGCUUCUUCGGACCUUGUCCCCUACCUAGCCAUCAAUGCCUCGGAAACUUAUACCUACGAUGCAUCUAAAGGGUUUCGGUCGAGUGGGAGUACCCAACCCUGCUUCAAGUUGCCGAGGGCAACGAUACAUGGACCAAGAAGCAGCGAGUUAUCCAUCUUCCAGAGACCGAUAAAUGGGACAUAUAUGGCCAUCCAUUCUCCUUUCGCCCAAGACCACCCGAUGCAUCUUCACGGUCACGACUUUUGGGUCCUGGGCUCCGGUUAUGGCGAAUUUGACUCCUCAAAUCCCAACAGUCUCACGCUGGUGAAUGCGCCUCGACGAGAUGUCGCAAUGAUGCCAGCUAGUGGCUACUUGGUCAUUGCAAUCAAGACUGACAAUCCUGGUGCCUGGCUUAUGCACUGCCACAUCGCCUGGCACACCUCUGAAGGCUUUGCUGUCCAGAUACUCGAGCGUGAAUCAGAGAUCGAGACUGACUACGCUCAGCUAAAUUCCACUUGCGCAAACUGGAAGAGCUAUGUGAACGGUGAUGAUGUGACGCAGUAUGAUUCUGGCGUGUAA